AUGGAGAGUCUGAAUAUUGUAUCAGCAAAAUUUUGGACAUCCAAUUUAGUGGAGAAUCUGAACUCUUUUUGCCAAGCAGUGGAGAUUCUUAGUAAGGUUGCAUUUAUCGGACAGUACCUUCCCCCAACUCUAGACCAUCCAGGCUUGGUUAGCUGGCUAAGACCUCCCACUAGCCUGGUAAAGGCGAACUGCGAUGGAUCUUUUGAUGAGAAGAUGAAGCAGUCAGCAAUAGGCGUGGUUAUCAGGGACCACACAGGAGCAGUUGUUGAUGGUUUAGCAUUGCAAUCACCUUUUGAGUCCAGUCUUUAUUCGGAAGCAAUAGCUUUGCGUGAAGCUUGCAUGUGGCUUUCGGCUUUAUAG